GUGAACAAUUUCCUGAUGACUGGCCCAAAGGCUUACCUGAUCUACUCCAGCAGUGUGGCAGCUGGUGCCCAGAGUGGUAUUGAAGAAUGCAAAUACCAGUUUGCCUGGGACCGCUGGAAUUGCCCUGAGAGAGCCUUGCAGCUGUCCAGCCAUGGUGGACUCCGCAGCGCUAAUCGGGAGACUGCGUUUGUUCAUGCCAUCAGUUCUGCUGGAGUCAUGUACACCCUGACUAGAAACUGCAGCCUUGGAGAUUUUGACAACUGUGGCUGUGAUGACUCCCGCAAUGGGCAACUGGGGGGGCAAGGCUGGCUGUGGGGAGGCUGCAGUGACAAUGUGGGCUUCGGAGAGGCAAUUUCCAAACAGUUUGUCGAUGCCCUGGAGACAGGACAGGAUGCCCGGGCAGCCAUGAAUCUGCACAACAACGAGGCCGGCCGCAAGGCGGUGAAGGGCACCAUGAAACGCACGUGUAAGUGCCACGGCGUGUCCGGCAGCUGCACCACACAGACCUGUUGGCUGCAGCUGCCCGAGUUCCGCGAGGUGGGCGCGCACCUGAAGGAGAAGUAUCACGCAGCUCUCAAGGUGGACCUGCUGCAGGGUGCGGGCAACAGCGCGGCCGGCCGCGGCGCCAUCGCCGACACCUUCCGCUCCAUCUCCACCCGGGAGCUGGUGCACCUGGAGGACUCCCCGGACUACUGCCUGGAGAACAAGACUCUAGGGCUGCUGGGCACCGAAGGCCGAGAGUGCCUGCGGCGCGGGCGGGCCCUGGGCCGCUGGGAGCGCCGCAGCUGCCGCCGGUUGUGCGGGGACUGCGGCCUAGCUGUGGAGGAACGCCGCGCAGAGACCGUGUCCAGCUGCAACUGCAAGUUCCACUGGUGCUGCGCUGUCCGCUGUGAGCAGUGCCGCCGGCGCGUCACCAAGUAUUUUUGCAGCCGCGCGGAGCGGCCGCGGGGAGGCGCAGUGCACAAGCCAGGGAAGAAAGCCUAAGAGUCGCCUCUCCUGCCUCCUUCCCCCAUCUGUCCUUGACUUCUUUUAGAGACCCCAGUAAUAGAGGAACCUAGGGAAUGGGGACCCCACAUUCCCAAGCCCAGAGAUCCUGAGAGAAAGAGACUGCAAUCUCUCCAGAGCUUGCCAUUUUCCAGAUUUCUCUGCUCUCUCCUAGAGCUGGCUCAGCAUGGUAUUUGCAGUCCACACUUAGGUCUGAGAACUGUUCUAAGAUCCAGUACUGUUGAUGGGCCUUGGACUAGAAUGAAAAUAGGCGUUCUUCUCCCUUCCCGCUUCCCCGCCCCCAGCUGCCCUAAUGCCUGACCUAGUCUACCAAGCCCUAGGAACUGAAGGACCUUCUCAGAUCACAGAGGCCAGGGAUGGCCUUUCUCUUUUACCCACUGUCUGCUACCAGCUCUCUACCACAGCUACAUGUCCCUUUUGCAGAGCCCCUCCUGUACUUCUGAUUUCCUGCUGUUGACACAGACUCUUCAGGAAUCUCUAACACUUUCUCUUCUUUUCCCCUUCCCCUUUCCCUGAAAAGACACAGUGAGAA